UUGAUAGUUGAUAUUCGGAAGCCCAUGAGCUUGCGUUAGUCGGUUCAUAUUUCCGAAAUGGGGUGCGGUUCGUCGGUCCCGGUGGAGGCAGUGGACCAGCAGGACCAGCAGCAGAAGCACCAUCAACAGAAUCCACAGGGCCAAACAGCUCCUAAGCCAGGCGUCGGUAACGCGGAUAAGGGUCCCGAGGAGUCAACGAAAGCAAAGACAACACGUGCAAGACGUUUGAGCUACAUCUCAAAUGAUGCAAAUGGAGCGGCGGUGAACGCGCCGCCCGGAGCGGCCGCGCCAGCUACCUCGGGACCCGGUGGACGGUCAGGCAACACAAGGGCUAGGCGUCUGUCCUAUGUUACAAAUGACCCUAACGCGACGCCUGCGAGCCUUAAGUUCUCAGGGGACGCAGAUGGCAACGAGGAAGGAGAGCUGGAGGGAGCAGAUGAGCCAACGGUGCAGGGCCAGCUCGCGCCAGAGGAGCAAGAGCGAAGGACUCUUCGUGUUAACGUCGCGUGCAUGUCCCGGGCGGGCCGUGAGCCUGGCUUCAAAAAGACCAACCAGGACAAUUGUUUUGCCUUUGAGAAGUACAUAACGGAGGACCAAUCUUUGUUCGGUGCCAUGGAUGGCCAUGGCCCUCACGGUCAUCUCGUUUCUGGCUAUGUGAAGCAGCAUCUCCCCAUAAUACUUGUAAACCAUUUAACUCUGGAAAAAGAUGUGAAGAAGGCGCUGACGCAAGGCUUCUGCGAAGUUGACCGAUCUUUGGCCAACAGCAGGAUAGACUGCGAGUUCAGCGGAAGCACUGCUGUAGUGAGCUAUCUGAAGGGCAAGACGCUCACUACGGCGUGGGUUGGCGACUCCCGUGGAGUGCUGGGUCGUGAGGGCAAGCGGGGUUGGGAGGCCAUUGACCUAACGACGGAUCACAAACCGACAGCGCCGGAGGAGAAGGCACGUAUCCUGAAAGCCAACGGACGCGUUGAACGGCUUGUUGACGAGAUGGGACAACCCAUGGGACCAUAUCGGGUGUGGCUGCAGUACGCAUGGAUUCCGGGCUUGGCCAUGAGCAGGGCCCUUGGCGACGUCCUGGCACACCAGGUUGGUGUCACCUCUGAACCUGAUCAUACCGUGAUGGAGCUGACGCCACAAGACAAGUUCAUCGUCCUUGCCUCGGACGGUGUGUGGGAGUUCAUCUCCAGCAAGGAGGCCGUGGAGAUUGUUGCACAGUACGACAGCGCAGAGGAGGCAUGUCGCCAGCUGGUGGACGAGGCGUACCAGCGGUGGUUGACGGAGGAGGAGGGUGUGGUUGACGACAUCACUGCAGUCGUCGUGCGAUUCAUUCACCCGUCGUAAACAGUGUAUUAGGGGCCGCCACGUCGGAUUUUCGCCGCUGAACAAGCGUGCUGUGGGUUAGCGUGGUUGGGUGACAGAGACUGGGGUUAUCCAAGCUGUUGGUGUCAAAGCUGGUAAGGAACAUACUGACACAGUGUUCAUAUGCCUACAUGCGGUGGGCUGAAUAGACUAUUCUACGAAAACAGGUAUGGAAAGGGGGCUUCGUUGAGCCAAGUCCAGUAAGACGAUCUCCGCCGCCCCGGCGAUAUUGCUUGCCUUGCGCCCCGGCCUCGAUCUUCAGCGGCUGCCGAAUGCAGCGGGAACUCGCGCGAAUUGUUUCUUAUUGGCAACAGUGUCGCGUCCAAUAUGUCCCCGGCCAGAAAGGACGGGCCGAGGACGUGCCAGACACCAUAACGGAGCGUGUAGGCAUUGUUCGGGCUGGGACUGUAUGCACCAACAAAUACUUCAUCUAUGUUGUUGACCUGGUGUUAAUGCCGUUCUGAACGAUCCGGAACCUGUUUUCAUGUUCGACGAUAGCAGACUAUCUCGCAUAAUUUCCUUUGGAUGAGACAUUGCCACGGGGAUCCUUAUUUAUUACGGCAGGGUGACGCUGCAACGCGCAACAUUUCCCAUGUAGCAGGCGUGCGGCAGAGGGGGUGCUAUGCUUUUUUGAGUAGGAAACUUCCUACUCGGUACAUCGUGCAUAUCCUUAUCGUCCUCGGGCGUCAGACCAUGUUGGCUAUGCUGCUCAUAAUGUACAGUGAAUGCGUGCAUGCUUAAUGUGCAUGGCCGACCGCUUUCGGAGGCCACGCCUCAUGCGGCAGUAGCGCUUAUGCCAGAGCACGCCCAAUCCAUAUAAGCUAACGAGACGCGGAAACAGCUCCACGAGUUGGAAUGAAGCGAUCUGUCGUGUGAACAUACCAUUUGACCUGGUGGUGCGCCAUACACGUGAUGCUCAAGGGACGCCAUGGGGCGUUCAGUCCGUGUGCCGUUUCAUUCCCUUAUGCUGACACGGUAUAUGGCAGUUCCUUGGGCAUCCAAAUGCUGAUACAAGCUAAGCUAAGAACUAAGCUCGGGCCCUGACGGGGAGGAAUGGAUGAAUGUGACGUUGUUGUCCGAUGGGCAGUGUAAUUUGGAGUGCUUUCCUCGGAUAGUGUCCAGAGGCUUGUGUGGCUUGUGCAUAGAUUUUCUGGCAAGGGCGGCUCGUUUUGUUAGAAAUAAGACGCAUGGUCGUGGACAUAGGUAUGCUGGUGCAGUUGGGUCUUCAGUCGGCCGGAGCAUGCAUACGCGGAACGGAACAAUGCCAGUGUCGUACGGUAGAAAGGCACCGUUGCUUCCAAGACAUGCUUUGUCCUGUGGCCAGGCGCGUCUCACUUUCCGGGGACGCGGGGGCACUUAUGGGAGCGCCAUCGAUUCUGUUGCUUGUCAGCUUGAGCGUCAUACAGUGUGUAAUUGUCAUCCGAAACAAAAUUGUGUCAAGGAUGCGAUUGUUACAGUGGACCCCGAACGGGUCGAGAUUUAGGACUUGGAAGAGUCGGUGGAUCAUUUCGGGUUGGCUUCCGGGGCAAUGUUUUCGCAGCGCCAAACAUCCAUAUUUCUGACCCUUUCCUCGUUGCCAAAUUGUUCCAGAUGGGUGCUUCGUAAUUCGGGUCACUGAUGAAGUUCGUCGUGGUGGCACUUGCGGCUGAACUAAGCCAUACUCAAGAGCUUAGAGAAGUGUAAGUUGGGGAGAAGUCCCCCAU